AUACCACUAGAGAAAGAGCUUGUUAGUAGUGUUCUAAGCUAUGUUUCUGGACACCUUGUGGACCAGAAUCUGAUCAACCGAGCUGGUAACAAAAUAUUUAUUAAUCGGUUCAUAUAUAUCUAAUUAUUUUAUUGGAAGACAAAUUUAAGAUAGUAUUUCAGAAAAAAAAGUUACUAAUACUAGAUAGACAUGUCACGGAUAUCAUUAUCAACCAUAAUUUUCCAACUUAUUUUUGGACAAUUUCGAAAUUUCUAAGAGGACAGUGAGAAGUACCAUGUACAUGUAUUUUACACCUCUUCUAACGAUAUGCUUUUUAAGAACUUAUCAGCUGCUACAUCCAGAUUUUUGCAUGAGAACCCAUUUGUUCUAUCAAGUUUACAGCAUUACGUGCGAACAUGUGCUGAAAACAGGGCAAUCACGCAGGGAACGGCUUGCCAUGCUCGAAUUAUUGAAUUGUUUGGACAUGAGACAGACACAUCAACUUCAAAUAUGCUCAUAAACAUGUAUUCGAAAUGUGGGCUUCUUGAUUACGCGCGCAAGGUGUUUGAUCAAAUGCCUGAAAGAAGCCCUGUUUCUUGGAAUACUAUCAUUGGUGCGUAUACGCAAAAUGGAAGCGAGAGUGAGGCUUUUAAACUUUUCAUGCAGAUGCAAAGGGAAGCAGCUUGCGAGUUUAGCGAGUUUACGGUUUCAAGUGUUCUUUGUGCUUGUGCUGUCAAAUCAGCUGUGCUGGAGUGUAAGCAGCUGCAUGCUUUUGCGCUCAAGGCAUCGAUUGAUUCGAAUACGUUUGUGGCUACUGCGUUGGUUGAUGUUUAUGCGAAAUGUAAUCUCAUUGAGGAGUCUGUGUUGGUUUUUGAGUCGAUGUGUGAGAAAAGUGAAGUCAUGUGGAGUUCAAUGGUUGCUGGAUAUGUGCAGAAUGAGUUUUAUGAAGAAGCAAUAUUGUUAUUUCACCGAGCACGGGGUACUGGCUUGGAACAUAGCCAGUAUAUAUUAUCUUCUGUUAUAUCUGCUUGCGCUGCUUUGGCUGCUUUGAUUGAAGGCAACCAAGUGCAUGCGGUGUUACAUAAAUCUGGUUAUUAUGCAAAUGUUUUUGUAGUAUCGUCUCUUGUAGACAUGUAUGCUAAAUGUGGAUGCAUAAGAGAAGCUUACUCCGUAUUCUCAAGUGCAGAAUCUAAGAAUGUUGUUCUGUGGAAUGCAAUGAUCUCUGGCUUCUCUAGAAACGCUUGCUCCAUACAAGUAAUGGUUUUGUUUGAGAAAAUGCAGCAGAUGUGCUUACGGCCGAAUAAAGUAACUUAUGUUUCAGUUUUAUCAGCAUGUGGGCAUAUGGGUCUGGUUGAAAAAGGAAGGAAGUAUUUUGAGAUGAUGUCAAAGGAGCAUAAUGUUUCACCAAAUGUUUAUCACUAUUCAUGCAUGGUUGAUGUUCUUGGUCGGAGAGGUUUAAUUAAUGAAGCAAAGGAUCUGAUAGACGACAUGCCCUUUGAUGCUACCGCUUCCAUGUGGGGUUCACUAUUAGCCUCAUGCCGAGUUUAUGGGAAUGUUGAGUUGGCAGAGGUUGCUGCAAAACAGUUAUUCGAGAUAGAACCUCACAAUGCAGGCAAUCAUGUCUUGCUAUCAAAUAUAUAUGCAGCAGAUAAAAGGUGGGAGGAAGUUGCAACAGCAAGGAAGUUACUUAAAGACAGUGAAGUAAAAAAGGAACGAGGCAAGAGCUGGAUUGCAUCCAAGGACAAGGUACACACUUUCAUGGUUGGAGAAAGGAAUCAUCCUCAAAUCUCUGAGAUUUAUUGUAAAUUAGAGGAUUUAUUAGAGGAAAUGAAGAAGCUUGGUUACAGAGGUGAGACUAAACAUGACUUGCAUAACUUAGAAGACUAUAGGAAGGAGCAGCUUUUGUGGCACCACAGUGAAAAGCUAGCACUUGCGUUUGGGCUAAUGUGCUUGCCUUCUUGUGCUCCAAUAAGGAUCAUGAAGAAUCUUAGAAUUUGUGGAGAUUGUCACCUUUUUAUGAAGCUUGCAUCGAGUAUUACUGGACGAAAGAUCAUUGUUAGGGAUAAUAAUCGUUUUCACCAUUUCACAAAUGGAACUUGUUCCUGCGGGGAGUUUUGCUACCUAAUUGCAUCAAUGGGUCUUCAAGCUCUUUGGAGUUCUGGACCUGCAUGCUUUGAUAGUCACGCUUUGAGGUUGAAGAGAGGACGGCAAGCUCUUAUACUAGUGAGCCUCUUUGUUGUUGGUGAUUGGGUUACAUCUGUUCUGUUUAUUUCACUAGGAGCUGCAUCCUCAUCAGCAGACUCACAGGAGUGAUGAUUCUUUUUGUCAUAGAUUCUAAUCUCUGCAAGAGAGAUCGGAAACUUGGAUGCAAUAUGUUUGAAAUUUUAAUGGCCCUGGUCUUUAUAUCAUUCCUCCUUGUUAUUUCUUCUUAUGUAAUAUUGUGGAUGUUGGCUUCCGUUGAUAGAAACAAUCCUAAUAACCAUCUGACUCAUCUAUGCAUUGUUCAUGUAUAUUGGUAACAUCCAUUUCAUUUUCUUAUGGAACAUGCAACUGAUACUUCUUUUAGUAACAUGUUAACAUGUUUGUUUCUUCGCACAGGUACCAAGUUGUUUUCCGGGACUAAGUUUUGCCUUUAACACUCUCAACCUCCCGUAAAGGGGUCGAGGACGAUACCACUAAAGGAAGAGCUUGAGGGUGAGGGCAAACUGAUUUCUUGUGUGUAAACAAUGUUUGUGUAAACAAUGUUUCUGGACACCCUGUAUAUUGAUCAAAUGUUGAUUAUAUCAAAGAGAAUGGACAUAAUAUAUGUGUCUGUUAGAACCGGAAAAGAGAGAGGAGUACUUGCACUUCUGCACAGAGAUACUCAAAUUUCGUCAUCUGGAGAUGUGCAUUUGCCGAACAUGUAUUUUGGAUAUGCACUCCUUACUUCGUAUUUGUAAAAAAAUACCAUGUGUAGUUGAGAUGCAAAUUUAUAGUUUGAAGUGCCAAUAAAAU